CCUCACCGUUAUGUGGCAGUGGAGCGUGAGCCGCGGCUGCGGCUCCUGGUUCUUGUGGAAGCACCGACCAUGUGCCGAGAGCUAACUGUGUCAAGAAGAGCAUGCUUCAGUUGGCUGGAGUGCGCAAUUCAACUUGUGGAGGAAUGAGAAAUGUUAGUGUUGAGACAAGAAACAUAAAACCCCAGGGUAAGGACAGCAAGGCUGAGGAGAAUGGCUCCCACAGCUUCAUGCACUCCAUGGACCCACAGCUGGAGCGGCAAAUGGAAACCACCCAGAACCUGGUGGAGUCCUACAUGGCCAUUGUCAACAAGACCGUGUGGAACCUCAUGGUUGGUGCGAAGCCCAAGACCAUCAUGCACAUCAUGAUCUACAACGUGCAUGCACCGCCUCAUGGGGACCAAGGAGUUCAUCUUCUCAGAGCUGGUCUCCAACCUGCACUCGCGUGGGAACGAGAAGACACUCAUGGAGGAGUCGGCAGACCAGGAACAGCGGCGCGACGAGACGCUGCUUCUCAGAGCUGCUGUCCAACCUGCACUCGCGUGGGAACCAGAAGACACUCGUGGAAGAGUCGGCAGAGCAGGCACAGCGGCGCGACGAGACUCGCGUGGGAACCAGAAGACACUCCUGGAGGAGUCGGCAGAGCAAGCACAGCGGCGCGAUGAGACUUGCGUGGGAACGAGAAGACACUCCUGGAGGAGUCGGCAGAGCAGGCAGACCAAGGAGUUCAUCUUCUCAGAGCUGCUGUCCAACCUGUACUCGCGUGGGAAACAGAAGACACUCCUGGAGGAGUCGGCAGAGCAGGCAGACCAAGGAGUUCAUCUUCUCAGAGCUGCUGUCCAACCUGUACACGCGUGGGAACCAGAAGACACUCCUGGAGGAGUCGGCAGAGCAGGCAGACCAAGGAGUUCAUCUUCUCAGAGCUGCUGUCCAACCUGCACUCGCGCAGGAACCAGAAGACAUUCGUGGAGGAGUCGGCAGAGAAGGCAGACCAAGGAGUUCAUCUUCUCAGAGCUGCUGUCCAACCUGUACUCGCGUGGGAUGGAGCAGACACUCCUGGAGGAGUCGGCAUAGCAGGGAGACCAAGGAGUUCAUCUUCUCGGAGCUGCUGUCCAACCUGUACACGCGUGGGAACGAGAAGACACUCCUGGUGGAGUCGGCAGAGCAGGCAGACCAAGGAGUACAUCUUCUCGGAACUGCUGUCCAACCUGUACUCGCAUGGGAACGAGCAGACAAUCCUGGAGGAGUCGGCAGAGCAGGCAGACCAAGGAGUUCAUCUUCUCGGACCUGCUGUGCAACCUGUACACGCGUGGGAACGAGAGGACACUCCUGGAAGAGUCGGCAGAGCAGGCAGACCAAGGAGUUCAUGUUCUCGGAGCUGCUGUCCAACCUGUACUCGCGUGGGAACGAGCAGACACUCCUGGAGGAGUCGGCAGAGCAGGCAGACCAAGGAUUUCAUCUUCUCAGAGCUGCUGUCCAACCUGCACUCGCGUGGGAACCAGAAGACAACUCGUGCAGGAGUCGGCAGAGCAGGCACAGUGACACGACGAGAUACUGCUUCUCAGAGCUACUGUCCAACCUGUACUCGCGUGGGAACGAGAACACACUCCUGGAAGAGUCGGCAGAGCAGGCAGACCAAGGAGUUCAUCAUCUCGGAGCAGCUGUCCAACCUGUACUCGCGUGGGAAUGACUAGACACUCUGGAGGAGUCGGCAGAGCAGGCAGACCAAGGAGUUCAUCUUCUCAGAGCUGCUGUCCAACCUGUACUCGCGUGGGAAUGAGUAGACACUCUGGAGGAGUCGGCAGAGCAGGCAGACCAAGGAGUUCAUCAUCUCGGAGCUGCUGUCCAACCUGUACUCGCGUGAGAAUGAGUAGACACUCUGCAGAAGUCGGCAGAGCAGGCAGACCAAGGAGUUCAUCUUCUCGGAGCUGCUGUCCAACCUGUACUCGCGUGGGAACGAGAAGACACUCCUGGAGGAGUCGACAAUGCAGGCAGACCAAGGAGUUCAUCUUCUCAGAGCUGCUGUCCAACCUGCACUCACGUGGGAACCAGAAGACAUGCGUGGAGGAGUCGGCAGAGCAGGCAGACCAAGGAGUUCAUCUCAGAGCUGCUGUCCAACCUGUACUCGCGUGGGAAUGAGCAGACACUCCUGCAGGAGUCGGCAGAGCAGGCAGACCAAGGACUUCAACUUCUCAGAGCUGCUGUCCAACCUGCACUCGCGUGGGAACCAGAAGACACUCGUGGAAGAGUCGGCAGAGCAGGCAGACCAAGGAGUUCAUCUUCUUGGAGCAGCUGUCCAACCUGUACUCGCGUGGGAACGAGCAGACACUCCUGGAGGAGUCGGCAGAGCAGGCAGACCAAGGAUUUCAUCUUCUCAGAGCUGCUGUCCAACCUGCACUCGCGUGGGAACCAGAAGACACUCGUGCAGGAGUCGGCAGAGCAGGCACAGUGGCGCGACGAGAUGCUGCUUCUCAGAGCUGCUGUCCAACCUGUACUCGCGAGGGAAAGAGAAGACACUCCUGGAGGAGUCGGCAGAGCAGGCCGACCAAGGAGUUCAUCAUCUCGGAGAUGCUGUCCAACCUGUACGCGCGUGGUAAUGACUAGACACUCUGGAGGAGUCGGCAGAGGAGGCAGACCAAGGAGUUCAUCAUCUCGGAGCUGCUGUCCAACCUGUACUCGCGUGGGAAUGAGUAGACACUCUGGAGGAGUCGGCAGAGCAGGCAGACCAAGGAGUUCAUCUUCUCGGAGCUUCUGUCCAACCUGUACUCGCGUGGGAAGGAGUAGACACUCCGGAGGAGUCGGCAGAGCAGGCAGACCAAGGAGUUCAUCAUCUCGGAGCUGCUGUCCAACCUGUACUCGCGUGAGAAUGAGUAGACACUCUGGAGGAGUCGGCAGCGCAGGCGGACCAGGGAGUUCAUCUUCUCGGAGCUGCUGUCCAACCUGUACUCGCGUGGGAAUGAGAAGACACUCCUGGAGGAGUCGACAGAACAGGCAGACCAAGGAGUUCAUCUUCUCAGAGCUGCUGUCCAACCUGCACUCACGUGGGAACCAGAAGACACUCGUGGAGGAGUCGGCAGAGCAGGCAGACCAAGGAGUUCAUCUUCUCAGAGCUGCUGUCCAACCUGUACUAGCGUGGGAACGAGCAGACACUCCUGCAGGAGUCGGCAGAGCAGGCAGACCAAGGACUUCAUCUUCUCAGAGCUGCUGUCCAACCUGCACUCGCGUGGGAACCAGAAGACACUCGUGGAGGAGUCGGCAGAGCAGGCAGACCAAGGAGUUCAUCUUCUCAGAGCUGCUGUCCAAUCUGCAGUUGCGUGGGAACCAGGAGACACUCCUGGAGGAGUCAGCAGAGCAGGCAGACCAAGGAGUUCAUCUUCUCAGAGCUGCUGUCCAACCUGUACUCGCGUGGGAUGGAGCAGACACUCCUGGAGGAGUCGGCAUAGCAGGGAGACCAAGGAGUUCAUCUUCUCGGAGCUGCUGUCCAGCCUGUACACGCGUGGGAACGAGAAGACACUCCUGGUGGAGUCGGCAGAGCAGGCAGACCAAGGAGUUCAUCUUCUCAGAACUCGUGUCCAACCUGCACUCGCGUCGGAUCGAGCACACACUCCUGGAUGAGUCGGCAGAGCAGGCACAGUGGCACGAAGAGAU